AUGGCUGCUUUAGGCGUUCGUCCUAGAUGGGCAUAGGUGCCAGACUGCAGUAGAUCACUUGGCAAGGUCUCAUUUGAAAGUCACCAUGCUACCCCGCAAUCCGAUGGUGUCGCAACCGUACAUUCAGCUUUGCGCAGCCGGCCGGCAUCGGACCGUGUCUCCGCCCGACCAGGCAGCCGCGUGGACUCGACCACGCCCACACCUCUCCGACGAUUUCGGCGGUCAGACAAUCUGUAAGCUGCCAAGAGAAUGUGCCUAUCUAG